AAUUUAUUCAUUUUUUUUGAAGUAAAAUGAAAAGUAGUUCAAUGACAAAAGAAUAAAUAGUAGAUGAAUUUACUCUUUAUAAAAGGUAUGUUUAGCAUCUAUAAUCUACCUUAUUGUAAAAUGAAGGUUAAAAAUAGAGAGAAAUAAAAGUGAAUGUAAUUAGAACAGAAGCUUAUGAAAUUGACAUAAAAGUUAAGAGGAAUCGUGAUAAUCUACCUAUUAAAACAAAUUACUAUAAGAGUGUACCUAGUAACAUUAGAUUAUAACAUCCAACCCCAGUAUUUUUAGAACGUUUAAGUAGAAUUUUAGUUAUAUUUCUUAAAGCUCCUUUGUCAAUUCCAACAAAAUUAACAGAAGAAAUAGAGGAACAUGUAUAAACCUUAGAAUAAGGAUUAGCUAAAAGCAUUGAAGAUAGUAAACACUAUUUAAAAUUGGAGAAUAAAAUAUUCAUAGAUUUGUUUUUUGAUAAAUUUAAAGAUAAAUUAAGUGGUUUAUAAGCAGUUUUUUAAUUGUAAGAAUUAGCUUAAGUUAUUGGAUGUUCAGCUGAUUAAAUUUAAUCAUAUUAUUUAGCAAAACAAGCAAAAAAAUAUGAUUAAUUUGUAGGUUUUAAUGUGAAAUACUAGUUUGUAAGAUUUAAUAGAUAUUUUUGUCCAAUUUGCAAUUUAUAUCUAUGUAGUUUACAUUAUCAUUCUAAAAAUCAAAGAUUGUAUAUAGAAAAAGAACCUGAAGAAGAACCAUAAGAUUAAUAAAAAGAUGAUCCUACUCAUCAUGAUAAUUUUUAUGAGACUGAAUUUAAACCAAGUCAAUAAGUUUUAAGAGAAGUGUUUGGAAGAUAUAAAUUAAAUAAUAAAAUGGAAAUGGAAUAGAGAUGUAGAGAUAUUACCUAAUGUGGAAAAUAUGGAAUAGAUUAAAAUAAAAUGAAAAAGUUUUAAUAAAAAUCAGUUGAGUAAAUGUUAGAAUUUGGAUUUAGUAAUUGUUGUUUUAUGGCAAGAAUCUUAAGUCAUAGGAUUUAUCCUGUAACUUGUUAAUAAAUUAAUUAUUUAAUAAAGACUUUGAAGAGUUAAAGUAAGAAACACAUCACAAAUGGUAAACGUAAAUAACAAUAAGCAUCUAAGAAAUAGAACUUAAAUAAUUAUGCAUAAUAAUAUAUACCAUGUUUUCAUGAAGGAGAAUGUGGAUCAAAUUCAUGUACUUGUGUAACAUGUCAUAAAUAUUGUUGUUGUAAAGGUUAAUGUCAACAAAAAGCAAAAUCUUGUGAUUGUCGAAUUUGUGGUUAUGAUGAAAAAAAAUAAAAGCAUUCAUGUCCAUGUUACAUUAGUGGAUAUGAAUGUGAUCCAUAAUUAUGUAAAUGCCAAUCAUGUUCAAAUAAAAAUCUAUUGCUUCAGGUUCGAAAAUAGUUUGUCCUAGGUAAAUCUUUAAUUUGUAAUGGACUUGGUUUAUUUGCAGCUUAAAAUUUCAAAGUUUGUGAUUUUGUUGGAGAAUAUACAGGUAAUUAUAUACUCUUAGAUGAUGAAAGUAUGGCUAUCGAAUGUAAUUCAUUUUUAUAUUUUAGAAUGUGAUUGGAUUACCAAUAAUCAUUACCUAUUCGAAGUCGAUGAUAAAUGGUAAGUAGAUGGAACCUAUUACAGUAAUUGUUUAAGAUAUAUCAAUCAUGCUACAAAGAAAUCAGAUCUUGCGAAUUGUUAAGCCUAGAUUCUCUUUUCCGAAGGAAGAUGGAAAAUUGCCAUGUAUUUAUAUGAUAUAUUUAAAAGGUUCUCAACAAAAAAUAUAUCUAUUGGAGAAGAAUUAUUCUUUGAUUAUGGAGAUAAGUUUUUAACUAAAUGGUUAACCGAUUUUAACAAAUUAUGUGACGAUUACUUCAAAAAAUGAUUACUUAUAA